AUGUUUGCCACUUUCGAAUACAACUUCCAAGUGCCGGAGACUUUGCGCCAUGCUUCAGAGGAUAAGAAAGAAGAGGCAUUUGCAGCAUUUUGGAACAGUGGUGUUCCUCGCUUUGGUGAUGAAGGAGCUAAAGGUUGGUUUAGCUUUCUUGAAAAUCACGAGGCGCAGGAAGCGGACAGGUUGGAGGUGGUUGCGCGAGCAUUGCAAGAGCAAAAAACUCAAGAACUCGAGCAGAGAAUAGCAGCAUCUGAAGACGAUCUGAUUGUCAGCUGGGUAGAGAUGGAACGCGAACUGGAAUGCAUCGAAAGUCGUCCCAGAAGAGCACUUUCUGGUUCACUCGCAGGUAUAGAUUCGAUUCAUGCAAUGAAGGAGGUUGGAUAUGGAGAUCUUAGGAUUCUCAAGAGCAAUAAUCCUAUCUUUGUGCUUUCCCUUCUCCACGUACUUGGGGCGCGUUGUGGCACGGAGUGGUGGAGCACUCCAGAUAUGCCGCUUCCCCGGUUGCCUACUUUUCGACUACUGGAAGAGUGGAAUUUGUUGCCUUCUGUUAGAAAGCUAUAUCCCAUUCCUUCACCUGGAGCUCAAGAAAUGGUUCUGAAUAUGCUACGUGCCGCCAUCCAUCUUCUUCCAGAUCUGAAAUACAUCGUAUAUCUGUUGGAAACCAAAGCGUCCCAGCUUGAGUACCUUUACCGCGAUCGCCCUACUGGUGUAUGUGUGGCUCACAUGCGUGAUUUUGUCAGAAGCAUUGCUAAGGAUUAUCAGAGCGUUGUUGAUAUCAAAGACUUUGAUUUGAUCAUUGCUGCAUACGCUCUGAAGAUAUUUGAACGCUGGGCUCGCGAUGAGAAAGCCAGCUCAUCACUAACUGAAGGCGGUGAGGCUGCGAAAGACAAGAAGAAGAAGAAAGAAAAGAAUUUUCUCCGAUCUCACUACGUUGAACAGCUUUCUGCUUUCCUUUCAAACUCGAAUGAAGUUCCAUUUGUGCAGCAAAGUCCGCGGAAGCUAGUUGUUUUGCUUAGGAUGUUACUCUGUUUGGUUCAGAAUCUUCCCCAUCAUAGAGUUCUGGCUGAAAUUACACGAUUCUUCUUGAGGAAAAAGAAGGACGAAGAGGUGUCACCGACUGAGGCUUUGUCUGCCCUUGAUGAGUGGAACAAUAUCUUCCGGACGGUGGAAAGAUUCGAUAGACCUGAUGUAUGA